AUGAUUAGAAAUCUAUGUGUUUUGGAGUAUGGCUAAGAUAACUAAUAAAAAAUUUAUUAUCCAUUUAAAGGUAUUUUAGGAUUUGUAAUCAAAUAAGGUUAAUAACUUAAUAUAAAUGAUUUUUAUUAAGAUGUAAGAUUCGAUUAAGAUUAAAAAUAAUAAACAAAAACAAAAUCAAUGAUGGCUUGUCCUAUUUAUGAAAAAGAAGAAAUAAUUGGAGAUAUUGUUAUAUCUUCAAUUUAACGGCAAUUUAAAAAAUAUGAUGAACUUCUUAUUUAAAUUAUUUCACAAAUGGCUGCAUUACACUUUUAUUAAUAUAGUUUUUAAGAAUAAAAUUCUAUGACUUGUGAGGCUUUAUAGUGA